UCAAGCAUACAGGUCAACAUGUGACCAGUGACCAUGCCCUGCUGUGUGUGUGUGUGUUUCAGUCACAUACGUCGUCCUUUAUGUAGCGUGGGUGGCCAGCGAUAUUGUCCGGGUCGACGCCACGUGCUUUGGAAUAUGCUGGCUGCUUUUGUUACCCCGCGGCCCGUUCUGCCCUUCUGGCACUUUCAUACAAUGGUGCCCCGGUGGACACAGGGCUGCGGUCAGGCCUUUCACACCACUGCCGCUUGACCUCCUGCUCUCGGGAAAGCCAAGUAUCCCAAUGUACGAUCGAUGGAAAAAGAGCAUCGCUAAAGGACAAGGAUAUCACUAAGGAUCUGUCAAACCAUCGCAGCAAAGGAAAUGUCCCUGCGAGCCGACGCCUCGGAGUCGGGGGGAGUGGUGGUGGAGUACGAAUCGGAGGAUGUCAGGGAGCCAAGCAUCAAAAGGUCUAGGAGUCAACCAGGCUCAGCGCUCGUCUAUCUGAGGGGACCCAAGUUCCUGAUCUAUGUCAGUGGAGCUUUAUCGAUGUGGGGGGAUCGCAUGUGGCACUUUGCCAUCUCCGUCUUCCUCAUUGAGCUGUACGGCCGCAACCUGCUGCUCACGGCCGUGUUCGGCCUGGUGGUGGCCGGCUCGGUGCUCCUGGUGGGAGCUCUGAUCGGAGACUGGGUCGACCGCAACCCCAGGAACAAGGUCGCACAUGCCUCCCUCUUUAUUCAGAACGUUUCAGUGACCGUGUGUAGCAUAGUGCUCAUGCUGGUGUUCUCAUACAAGCAGUGGAUCGAACAGAUUUGGGAUGGUUGGCUUACUGUGGUUUGUUAUACGGUGGUGAUCGUCCUGGCAGAUGUGGCUAACCUUGCGAGCACUGCCCUGACCAUCGCCAUUCAGAGGGACUGGAUCGUGGUCAUCACGGGAUACAACCGCGGACACCUGGCUGGGAUGAACGCCACAAUGAGGCGGAUCGACCAGGUGACCAACAUCCUGGCUCCGUUGGCGGUGGGGCAGGUCAUGACGCUGGCCUCCAACGUGGUGGGGUGCGGCUUCAUCCUGGGCUGGAACGUGGUGUCCCUCAUAGUGGAGUUCUUCUUCCUGUCCCGCGUGUACCGCAUCGUGCCGGCCCUGUCGGUGAAGCCCCCGGGCGCAGACGUGGAGGAGGCCUGUCUUCAGGGUGGGGCGCGGAGGCGGACGCACGGUACACCCCGCAGUAGACCGACUCCCAGAGGGACCCAGGCGCUGCCCGAGGAGCCCAGCGAGCGCAGCCUCAGCCUGAAGGCCGUCGCCGGGCUGCCCCUCUGCUUCCAGAGGCUGCGGCAGCUGCUGAGCACCUGCCGGGACGGCUGGACGGCGUACUACCAGCAGGACGUGUUCCUGGCCGGCAUGGGCCUGGCCUUCCUGUACACCACCGUGCUGGGCUUCGACUGCAUCACCACGGGCUACGCCUACACCCAGGGCAUCAGCGGCUCGCUGCUCAGCCUGCUGAUGGGCGUGUCCGCCGUCACGGGCCUCAUGGGCACCGUGAUGUUCACCAAGCUGCGCAAGGCGUACGGCCUGGUCAACACGGGCGUCAUCUCCAGCUGCCUGCACCUGGGCUGCCUGCUGCUGUGCGUGUGCUCGGUGUUCGCCCCCGGCAGCCCCAUGGACCUGCGGCUGCUCAUGGCGUACGCCGACAACAGCUCCGCGUCCUCGCCGGCCGCGCCCGGCGGCGGCGGGGGCCGGAUGGCGAGCCAGAGGGAGAAGCACUCCUACCCCCUGGGGGGCGGCAGCAACCAGCCGCUGCUGCCCGACCGCUCCUCCAUCCACUGGACCAACAACACGGUGCUGUUCGACAACGUGCCCUCGGGCACCGCGCCCGAGUCCUACGUCUCCAUCAUCCUGCUGUUCCUCGGGGUCAUCACGGCACGCGUCGGCCUGUGGUCCUUCGACCUGACGGUGACGCAGCUCCUCCAGGAGAGCAUCUGUGAGUCGGAGCGGGGAGUGGUCAACGGGGUGCAGAGCUCCAUGAACUACCUGAUGGACCUGCUGCACUUCAUCAUGGUCAUCGCCGCGCCGCAGCCCCAGCACUUCGGCAUCCUGGUCAUCAUCUCCGUGCUGUUCAUCACCGCCGGCCACACCAUGUACUUCCUGUACGCACGCAAGGCCAAGAGGAAGAGCCGACAGCGGCGAGACACGUAGAGGAUCUGGAGACCGCGGCUAACCUUAACCCUGGGUUAAUCCUAGCCCGUAAACCCUGGGUUAAACCUAGCCCAUAAACCCUGGGUAAACCCCAACCCUGGUUAACCCUAAUCCAUACAGCCUAGGUUACCCCUAACCUGGGGUUAACCCUAACCCAUAAACCCUGGGUUAACCCUAACCCAUAAGCCCAGGGUUAACCCUAACCCAUAAACCCUGGGUUAACCCUAAC